AUGAUUACCGGCACUGGUUUUCUCAUUUUAUUUGGUCUCGGUUGUCUGUUGUUUCAAUGUGAAGGUAUAGGAGUCGGAACUUUGUAAUUUCUAUUCUCAGUUUUUAUAAAUGUCAUAUUCUUUCGUUUUAUAUAUCAAUAUCUUCGUUCAUUCGUGCUUUGAGCUGCUUGCGUAGGCUGUAAUAUUUUUUGAUCGGGCAGUCGGCCAGAUUGCAUGUAAAAAUUGAGCAAUUGUACUUCAAAAUUAUUAAAGGGAAGAGCGGCACGCAUUAAAUUGGUGCAAAUAGGUAGAAAUAUGCAACGUUUUUCACAAAUUGUUUUUGGUUCGGGCAAUUUCGCGAACGUCGGGAAAAUUUUCAGCCGCCCCUCCAACAUUUUCCUCACGUACCGGUGUACGCCUACGACUUCUUGUGUUUGCCGGCCAAUCUCGUUCCCAGUGUCUCACCUCCCCCCCCCCUGCGUGUUUACGGGGCGUGGUGGAGGUGAAACCCUGUGAAACAGGUUGAUGUUUGGUUAGAUUUAAUGCUAUAAGGCAUGCAAGAAUAUCUGUAAGAGAAAAUAAAUUGGUCACAAAUACGUAAUCAGCUUCUUGCCGAGUUUUACAUCUUUGUGACCUUUGUGACAACCCCGCUCACGAUUUAGUCGUCACAUAUUCUGUGCCCCCAAAGGAAAUGAGUUGUGAGAACAAUGAUUGACCUAAACUGAAUCUAUUCAGUUGAUUACACAAGUGCAGCCUUCAAAAAACUUUUUUGGUGUCGUUUAGGACAAGUGCAACCACCAUCUAAUGGGACCAGGUUGAUAUUUUUUCCUGGAUCAACCGUAAAAAUAGAUUGGUCUUUUGUUGGUGAUAUAUCUCAAGUGGAUAUUCGGACUUGGUUUUUCAACAGUAGUGACGGUUCACGAACAGGACGACUUGCAAGAGUAAUUGAUGAUGGAAUCCCCGGACAAGAAGACUUCAGCUUGAUACCUAGGUUUGAAAUAGACAAGCCAGCAGCAUUGAUUUUAAAGAAUGUCGAUCAAAGUUAUAAUGGAAUGUAUAUCUUCAGCCUUCAAGACGGAAAGUCUGUCCAGCCUCAAUCAUCUGAAGUUGUUGUUUUUAUUGCAGGUAAGUUUUGUAGUAAAGUAGAACUUCUAAUUUUAUCAAAUUUUGCUGCAAUAUUUUCAUCAUGCAGUUCAUAUGUCCUCUAUUAACUAUGAUCAGUUCUAGAGUUGAAUGAGCAUUGUCUGGCAUGACGAAGUCAUUCAAUUUUGGAGAUAUUGAGCAAAUUCGCAAUAUUGUGUUAUAUAACAAGCUUGACUAAAAAUAGUUUAAUUUUUGGAUUUAACAAUUUUGUUCAAUCACCGCAAGGUUGUGUGCAGCACGCGGCACACCCCUUACGCCCAGGGCGCUUAUAUAUAAGCGCCCUGCUUACGGCAGAGCAGAUUCUUCCACCCGGCUCAUAAAUCGUUUCAAGUACCCUAUAUGCAUGUAAACCAGGGACGUACUAUAGCUAUAGGGACGAGCCGACGAGAACUCGUCGUGGGCCCCUGCCAUUAUGGGCCCCUAAAAUGAAAACAUUGGAAAAGAUAAAUUUUAAUUUUGAAAAUCAAGAUUAAGAUAUUACAAUUCAUAUUUUAAAAAUCCACAAUUACGAAAAUAUUACCGAAAAUUUUAACAAAUUAAUUACGGUACAUAACUCGAAAGUAACUGAAAAUGGUAUCCGAAAAUUUUUUGAACUCCCCGUCCCCGCUCGCCAACAAUUUUGGGGAAAAAAGAUUUAAUUAUUAGCAACUGAAAUGUUUCAUGUUUGAUCAGCAAAACCCCCCACCCCAAUCUUGAUCCAUCCGUCACUGGGCCCUGGCCUCACCGGGCGAUGCUCAUUCGUCGUCCUUUUCAAGACCCCAGCACGUCCCUGAGUUGUAAACAAUGCAGGACAACUUACAUGUUAGACCAAAUUUUAAUCUAAGUAAAGAGAAGGGAAUCAAACAAUACAACUAAAAAGAAGAUAAUGAAAUUAAUAAAAUUGCAAAAUUUGGUUGCGAAAUGUUAUAAAGCUUGGAAAAUAUAGUCUUGCAAAGUUUGCAAAUCUUGUAUAUGUUUGUAAUUGCGUGCGGAAAUGGUACCAUUUUCGGCUCAAAAAAGUGAGUGACGCGUCAAAUGAAAUUUUUAGUGAGGAUAUAUUACCUUGAAUAACUUUGAAUACUUCUCUGCAUUUAUCUACUCUCCUUUUAAUUAAUUUUUUGUCAAAUGUGAGAUGAGAUUAGCUAGGUUGCCUAAUCCUAGAAAAUAAUUUUUCCUACCGUCUUACUACACAUGAUUUGAUUACAUUUCAGAAAAGCCAACUGUGACAUUGACUUGUUCCAGUCCCGUCAUACUCAAUAAAGGUGAUGACUUCACAUGUGAAUGUCGAGGACCAGGUGGCAACCCUCCAGCCAGUGUAACUUGGUACAAAGAUGGCAAGAAGAUUGACAGAACAGGGACGGAAAAACCGAAAUAUUAA